AUGGAGUUCGCAGAGGAAAACUCAAAGCCACUGUCAGAUGCCAAAGGCAGCACCGACUGUCCUGUGGAUACAGGAGCUCAGAGACCAACGUGGAGUGGGCAGCUGGACUUCAUCCUGGCCACUGUGGGAUACGCAGUGGGACUGGGAAACGUUUGGAGGUUUCCUUAUCUGUGUUACAGCAGCGGUGGAGGCGCCUUCAUUAUCCCGUACCUCGUCAUGGUUUUCCUUUGUGGCAUUCCUCUGCUCUUCAUGGAGUUUACUGUUGGCCAGUAUUCUCGUUUAGGGUCAGUGCAUGCAUUCGCCAAGAUCUGCCCCCUCUUUAAAGGUGUAGGUCUGGCCACAGUUGUAAUCUCCUUUGUCUUCUGCACAUUCUACAAUGUGCUCAUGGGCUGGGCCUUUUUCUACUUCUUCAACUCAUUCAGAGAAACUCUCCCCUGGUCGUCUUGCAACAACACUUGGAAUGUCGUUGGAAACUGUUCCAGUGGUUUUCCUGGCAAUUCCACCCAUCUGCAGUCUUCAAGCCAGCAGUUCUUUGAUCACAAACUUUUAGAGAAAACCAGUGGGAUUGAAGAAGCUGGUGGCCUACAGUGGGAAGUAUUUGGCUGUCUUCUUUUCUCAUGGAUCAUCAUUUAUUUAUGCAUAUUUAAAGGAGUCAAAUCCACAGGCAAGGUGGUGUAUUUCACUGCUGUCUUUCCAUACUUUAUCUUGUUCGCCCUGCUUAUCAAUAAUAUCCAGCUGCCAGGAGCCAAGGAGGGCAUCCUUUAUUUUAUAACACCUGUUUGGAGCAAACUGUUUGAAAUCAAGGUUUGGGUCAAUGCAGCUGCCCAGGUGUUUAACUCACUGGGAAUAGCAUUUGGCUGCAUGAUUUCAAUGGCUAGCUACAACAAGUUCAACAACAACAUCACAAGGGAUGUGUUAAUAGUAUCAUUAGUCAAUUCCUUCACCAGUAUCCUGGCUGGCCUUGUAAUCUUCUCAGCUAUUGGCUACAUGUCUUUUAAACACAAUCUACCAGUGGACAACAUAGCUACAGAUGGUCCUGGUUUGGUGUUUGUUGUGUAUCCUGAAGUUCUCUCCACCAUGCCUGGCUAUCAGUUCUGGACUCCACUGUUCUUCAUCAUGCUGCUCUGUCUUGGACUCGACAGUCAAUUUGGUAAUGUGGAGGUGGUCGUGACGUUCUUGAAGGACGAGUUCGGAGUCAAAGUUUCUAGGUACCUGAAGAGAGAGGAGCUUCUUGUUCUGGUUGUGUGUUUUGUGGGACUUCUUUUGGGAAUCCCUCAUGUAACUCAGGGAGGCAUUUACGUGUUCCAGCUGAUGGACCACUACACUGCUGUGGGUUCCCUCAUAUUCCUGGCUUUCUUUGAAGUAGUGGCUGUAUGCUGGAUCUUUGGAGUCUCUCGUCUCUCCCUGAUGGUCAAGAGGAUGCGAGGCGAGUCUCCGAGCCUCUUCUUCCACCUCUGCUGGCUGCUCUUCUGUCCCCUAUUGAUACUGUGCAUCCUGGUAUCCAGCAUUGUUCAAUACAAGCCUCUUCGCUAUGGAGAGUACAUGUACCCACUGUGGGCUGAGGUAGUGGGGUGGGUCGUCUCACUGGUCUCUAUAGUGUGGAUCCCACUUUGUGCUGUUCAUGAGAUUUACAACAGCAAAGGAUCACUUCUUCAGAGAAUCAAAACAGCUGUGGCUCCCACAUUAGACCUGGAUGCCAUGGAUCCUCAUCCAAAGAAGCAGGAAGCAGACAAACCAGUGUUGGAAAAACUGUUAAGAUCAUCUGUGUAUCCAGAGAGUGAAAACCAACUUUGUGUGUGAAAUGAUUAGUCCUAUGGGAUGCUUAGAUGUGUUAGUCUUUGUCUGUUUUUGCAAGGUCAUGUUUUUAUGAAAGAUAUAACUUUAAACAAACUGUAAACUUUGAAGGUUUUUAUUUUUUUCUGUAAAAACCUUUGGUUUUAUCCAUCAUCUGAAGGAUAAAUAACAGCGAUUUGUUUUUAGAAUCUUACUGUUAUGUAAAAAACACAACUUAUUCUGUAUGCUUUGUAAAUGCAGGGAUGAUAUUCUCAGGGUGUUUUGACUAUUGUGCUUGGUGGGCUUUGUGCUGCAUAAUGAAUCUGUGGAAUUGACAAUUUAUGUUUUUGUAAAUCUGAAACACAACAGCUGCUUCAGUAAUGACACAUUCAGAUCAAAUGUGGCAAGUCGGUAACAAACCAAAAGAAUAAAUUAAAGAAUCAAAUCUUUUAAUAACACAAGUUAAAUUCAGAAUUUGUGGCUUUCUACCCACAAUAAGGGGAGAAACAAAUGCUCACAUGGACCCUUUUUGAGUGAAACUUAACUUUAAUCUGACCUCAGUCUGUUCUGUGAUUAAAUACUUUCUAUCAAUCAAUCAAUCAGUCAAAUUUUAUUUGUAUAGCACAUUUCACUAGCAAUGCAUUCCAAAGUGCUCCACAUCAAAUCAAACACAAAAACACAAAGCAACAUAGAUGCCAAGACGCUCACUCACUCAAUCAAUCAGUCCAGAUUGAUGAUUAACCUGCUGGGGAAGAUUUUGUCUGAUAUCUAACAGAGAGCUGAUUUUUAUCGACAUUAUAUUUUGUUCAGAGUUGCAUUACUCUUCUCUUACAAUGUUUAGUUUAAACUUUAUCCUUCUUUCAAAAAGUGUAAAGUUAGAAAGAGAAUGCAUGUCUUUCUAAAGUUUAUGUGAUCAAAUCUGUUAUUCAUUUGAAUUAAUGUUUUGACCUAACUGUUGAAGUUACUGAACAUGUUUAUUAACGUCUAAACAUAUUAAGCGAUAGCUAGGAACGCGACUGGUUUUCCUAUUGUUGAAAUGUAAUUUAUUAUAACUCAAGUUUUGUGAUUGUUUAACAGUCUUAGAGAAAAUAUGAAUGAUUUACUACUUACUCUGUAAGGGGAAAUGUCAAAACUCAAUGAAUGGAAAAACUUCGGUCAACAAUGAAGCUGUAAUUUUUUAACCUAGGAAAUAAAUAUAAACGGCAGGAAUGGUAAUGUAAUUUAAAAUUGUCUAAGAGGUUCUGACUUACCUUCUUGGCUAUUUCUGUUGCUGACUAAUAAAGAAAAACAUUUGUCCUGCUGGAGAUGUCUGGAUCAAAAAGUAGUGAACAUAUUCUUUGAGAAAUGCAUAUCAUUAUUCAAGUGAGAAGUGAACAUUCGUCUCAUUUACACCUCUUCUGAUAUUCAGUAAUAAAAAAUACAAAUGAUCUAGAUUUUAUACUUAUUUUUGUGGGCUCUAGUGUGCCUUAUUUGAAAGUAGGCUGACAGUACAGGGGGUAAGACAUACGUUCAAUGUCGACGGGUCCCGGAAUCGAACCCGCGACGGCCGCGUCGAGAACUCAAGGCCGAAGAACGUGGGUCGCGCUGUCCCCUACGUCACCACAGCACGUCCCUUAAAUAAAGUUUUUAAAAGAUAGAUGUGUCUGCCUCGUAAAUUUCUUUCUCCUCACGUCUUUCACUGUUUUUUUUAUAUUUGAUGUAACAUCCGUUGCUUCCCGACAGGCAUAAGGGCGUAGUAUUCAAUUAGUUGUGUAUUGCAUCUUAAACAGCUUCAUUAUUUUACUCGUUCUUGGGAGGAAACUGCAGAUCAGCAGUUCUUGGAGGAUGUAAUACGUAUAAGCAGCUAUAGCUAAAAAGCAAGAUUCAAAAGAACACAAAUAUAAAUAUUUUAAUUAAUGUCUACUAAAACUUGCAUGGUACAAGUCAGACUAUUCUUAUUAGAUUACUUCAUUUUUAUUUCACAGUCACCAUUUAGAGCUCAAUAAAGUAAACUGAAAAAGCUAAACCUGAGACGCCAUUAUGUGUAUUGUCUUCUACUAAAAAAACAGUAUCACAAACCAACAAAAAUAAAAGUAUUCCAAGUCUUCAAUAAAGUUUUUUUUUGGUCCUCUUGGUCCAAAGUAUCUUAUGAACCUAUUACCUCAUCAUGUUAGUGUCAUCUUCCUUAUUGCCACUAGGUGGAAGCAUAGCAACAAAAAUUAAAUCAGGGUGAUGGUUUUUACUCCAACGGCGUCCAUACUUUAACAGUAAAACCAUUAAAAUCGGUUUCACCGGCUGUAUUUUAGUCUUCACAGUGAUGGUUCAUCUCUGCUCUCAUGCUUCAAACCAACCAUUACAUCUGUAAAGGAUAGCUACCAUAUCUUAUUAAACACUUCACUUCAGUUCAACAGCAGUAGAAAUCUUUAUUAUUCUAAUUUAUGUUCCUUAUCGUCGGCUUUGCUGCUCUGGGUAUAGAAUGACAUAACGACUGCAAAAUUAUUUAAAAGGAAAAUAAAAUGCAUUAACAGAUGAGAAACUGCUGCUGGAAUAUAUGCAGGGUUAAAGUAUGUACAGGGCAAGCUUAAUCAUGCUGACUUGUCAUCAGCACAAACGUUGAUAAUGUUGAUUGUGAAAUUGUGGUCACUUUGUAUAGUUAACAUAGUGAACUGCAGAAAAAAAAAAAAACACUCCAACCACAGGAGAUCAGAGUUGAGUUAAUUACUCCCUUGUCAUAAAGUGCUGUUGUAGUGCCCUCAGCAGAACUGUACGUUAAUCAAUAUUCCCUUCCUGCUUUCUCCAUGACAGAACGUAUCACAGGCAUUAAAUUAGCACUGGGAGGCCUGUGUGAUCAAUAGCUAUAGACAGUGGAGCCCAAGGGGAAGUAAAUUAAUGACCACACUAGGAGAGGAAGUUGGUUGUGAUCCCGGAUGGCCAAUGAAAGAGGAGAUAGGCUGCUAUCUAUUUCAUGUUGAGUGGUAUGAAGCUAUUUAUCUCUGCAAGCCAGAGGGUGAAAUUAGCAAUCGAGCUUGGGUCUUUUUCUUCAGUGCAGAAGUAACUCUUGUGGUGGUUCACACAACAUCCUCCAGCUGCUGUGGUCGUCC